GGAACACGGCAGUACUUGAAGUGGAGGACCCGCACAUUUAUGCAGAUUCCUAUCGUCUACCAGAACGUGAAUUGGCAAUAUGGGGUUCUUCAAGAAACCAACCCUGCGCACUCGCGAUGACCAGCGCACAAGUGCUUCGGAGCUUACUCUGCGAGCCUCGAUCUUGCCGCUUUGUUUAGUCACCAUCCUUUUCUUCCUCUGGGGAUUUUCAUACGGUCUCAUUGAUACCCUGAACAAGCACUUCCAAGUUGAACUCGGCAUCACGCGCGCCCGCUCUUCCGGACUGCAGGCAGCUUACUUUGGAGCUUACCCGCUUGCUUCACUCGGCCACGCCAAUUGGCUGCUCAGGCACUGGGGCUACAAGGCAGUUUUCAUCUGGGGCCUAUUCCUGUUUGGCACGGGCGCGCUUCUGACCUGGCCAUGCCUUGUGUACCGUUCGUUCGGCGGCUUCUGUGCAGCCACCUUUGUGAUUGGAAACGGGCUGGGCUCCCUUGAGACGGCGGCAAACCCAUACCUGGCUGUGUGCGGGCCUCCCAAGUACUCGGAGCUUCGUAUCAACCUUGCGCAGGCUUUCAACGGUAUCGGGAGUGUGGUUGCGCCUGUGCUCGGUUCCUACGUCUUCUUUAGGGAUGUGGGUGAAGGCUCUGAGGCGCUGAGGAAUGUGCAGUGGGUGUAUCUUGCGAUCGCGUGCUUCGUGUACAUUCUCGCAGUGGUGUUCUACUUUGCUACCAUCCCCGAAAUUACAGACGCCGAUAUGGCGUUCCAAGCAGAGGUUGCGAACGCAGGCACCGACGUCAAGCCUUUCAAGAAGCAAUACCGUCUCUUCCACGCCACUUUCGCUCAGUUCUGCUACACUGGAGCGCAAGUGGGCAUUGCGGGAGCCUUCAUCAACUAUGUUACUGAAUCGCGAGUUGGUAGCUACGUCAAUGGGGUGCCGCAGGCUACGAGUAACGCGGACGCUGCACGCUUCUUAGCUGGCGCUCAAGGCACCUUCACACUCGGUCGCUUUGUUGGUUCAGCAAUCAUGAAGUUUGUAAAGCCUCGUUGGACAUUUCUCGUCUUCAUGACUUGUUGCAUUAUCUUCCUGAUUCCUGCCAUAACCGAGCGCGGCAACACUGGAAUGAGCAUGCUGUUCAUCGUCUUGUUCUUCGAAUCCAUCAUCUUCCCUACCAUCGUGGCUCUGGGUAUGCGAGGACUCGGCAAGUAUUCGAAGCGCGGUUCCGGCUUUAUCGUAGCUGGUGUGUCAGGCGGAGCAGUGGUGCCCCCACUCCUGUUUGUGGCAGCGGACUCCCGAGGUUCAGUGGACAUUGCAACUGGCUAUUCGCCAACUGCAUUCGCGAUGGUUGUACCGUUGGUGUUUUUCAUCGCUGCCUGGUCGUACCCGAUCUGUGUCAAUUUUGUGCCGGCUUACCGGAACAUCGCGGACAGCUUUCAUGAGACCAAGGUCGGCAUUGAAGAUGUUGGGGCCAGCGAUCCGGAGAAGCAGAAUGGGUAUGGCUCAAAGGAUAGAUCUCCGCUGCAGACCGAGGCCGUGCAUGACGACGAGAAGAGGGUCUAAGGAGAUGACGACGCCGCGUGGCCCAGGAAUACGAGAUGGAGGAGUAUUGUACCUAGACACAUCUGGUAC